AUGACUACAGCACGACCGAUCUUCGAUCCAGUCGACACCAGCUUUGAUCCGACAUACCAAGCGCAAAAGGACGAUGUAGAGUCACCAUCGCUUUCCAGCAGCAAUGCAUUGGCUCGAUUCGAAUUCGAGCCCGGCAGGAGCAAAGACGGUACGAAAGUGUUGAUGGUAGAGUGGGAGGAAGAUGAUACUACGCAAAACAUAGCUGGUGAUUGGGAGAUUAGCUGGGAGGGAAAGAAGACUGUGUUACCUGCACAGGAUUCGGCGGCGGAUGGCGAACAGGCUCCGGUCAACAGGCUCUACUUCAUGCUUGGUCCCGGUGUCGCUGUACCGACGUCCGUCAAGUUGCGAAAGGGCACAGUAGAGUGGCGAACCCAUCCUUUACCUGCAAUCUUCUCUCCGGAGCUAGGCGCGACAGCAAGACAGGCUGGGAAGAAGGGGGUACUUCACACAAUCUGGGCGAAGAAGAGGCUGCAGGUGCUGCAGGGAGAGAUCGAUGCGGAGACGAAGAAGAAUACGGAAGGUCUAGGCUUGGAGAUGGCGGCAGCGGAGAAAGAAUGGAUAGAGCAAAACUUUGGUGUUGUGACGAAGCCGUCCUCGAUUAGCAUACCCGCUUCGGGCGCGUUGGCAUCGGUCAUGGCAUCCGCUAAUGGUCCGGCAAGCCCGAGAAGUCCCGGUGGUGGGCGAUUGAUGGACAAGCUCAAGGGCCUGAAGCUCAGCACUAGCCCGUCGGAUGUGAAUGGCGCAGCUAAAGACAACCGCUCAUCGCCCGACUUCUUUCACAACCCGCUGAGUCCUGAGACGUCUGACGUAGCAGUCGGUUCAUUCGGAGCCUUUGCCGCUUUGAAAGGCCUAGGCAUGGGUUCGCUAAACGCGUUGGCAGCCGGCGAGACAACCUUUGCGCCCAGGCAGCCUGAUGACGAACAGGAAGACGACCUCUUCGCGCUGCCGAUGAGUCCACGUUCUCCAGAUAUGACCAAGUCUCCUUUCUCGUUUGGGAGCGCUGAUACCAUGAAGUAUAUGAGCCGCGCGUGA